AUGUCUUCUCCAUGCCGGGUGAAUGCAUAUGUGUAUGCUAUGUUAGAGGAAAUUUUGCUUCAGCUAUUAUUGCAACUUCUAGUUGUGGUUGAUCACAUGAUCAAGAUUAGGUCCCGAAAGAGGAAACAGAAUUCAUUGGCUGAGCCAUAUAGCAUGAUAGCUCGUAUACCAGAACAAGUUAGGCAUAUGAAUAGGCUGGCCAUUUUGUCACUGCAUUUGAUGUUGUUUGUCAAACCGAAACCUGUUGAAGAAGACUGCGUUGACUCUAGGUGGAGAUGGUUUCAGGGUUGCUUAGGGGCAUUAGAUGGCACGUACAUUGACGUCAUGGUGCCCAAUAAAGAUAAACCAAGGUAUAGGACACGAAAGGGCCAUAUAUCCACUAAUACCCUUGCCGUGUGCGAUCGAUAUUUGAAGUUUGUUUAUGUCUUGCCUGGGUGGGAGGGCUCGACAGCUGAUUCUAGGGUUCUGCGAGAUGCACUCAUUAGACCACAUGGAUUGAGGGUGCCAAAGGGAAAUUAUUACUUGUGUGAUAACGGCUACGCGAACUGUGAGGGUUUUUUGGCGCCGUAUAAGGGUGUACGAUACCAUUUAAAGGAGUGGGGACCUAUGUGUGCACGACCACAAAACGCUCGGGAAUUGUUCAACCUUAGGCAUGCGAAAGCACGUAACAUAAUCGAGCGAGCAUUUGGAAUCAUGAAAAUGAGGUGGGGGAUUCUCCGGAGUACAUCAUACUACCCCGUGAAGACACAAAAUAGAUUAAUAAUGGCAUGCUUCAUUAUUAAUAACUUUAUCCGGAGCGAGAUGGCAGCGGAUCCUAUAGAACAGGAGUUUGACAAUCUAUUCCAAGACAAUGUUGUCCCUGAAACUGAGCACGAAGAGUACAUCGACGGGGUUGAGAGCUCGCCGGAAUGGACUGCGGCAAGGGAUGCAUUGGCCACUGCCAUGUGGCACCAAUAUAUUGCAAAUGUUGAUCAUAUGUAG